AUGACUAUCUAAAUGUAAUAAAAUUGACAAUCAAAUGUCCAUGCGAAUUAGUUAACUUAAUAAUAUAUUUUUAGAGUGAUUUUGCAAAGAUUAUUGGGUUUUUUAGAUGCAUUUAGAGUUACCUGCCUAUCUACAUAUACAAUUUAUUAUACAGAAGAUUCUAUAAAAAGUAUUUUAAGAAAUAAACGUCUAGAUGGACUUGCGUGAUGAUGUGUGAUAGAUUGGAGAAAAAGAUUUCAAAUGUAAAAAGAAACUGGACGUUGGAGUAGGCACUGGACAUCACAUGAAAUAGAUAAUCAAUAGGAUUCCUUCAAGAAUUUGUGUGGUUGG